GGUGCAAGUUUUAACAAUAUUCCAGCAGUGUAUUCUUCAGUGACCACACUGCCACCGGGCAUCAGAUGUGAGGAUUCGAACCUGGUGUACGGCGUGGAGAGAGAACGUGUUGUCCACUAAGCCACUGGUACCAACCAGGCAUAUAUUAUGGGCCGGUUUUACGUACAUUAGGCCAUCAUCUGGAACCAUGUUGCCGCUAAUUCUUCUCCUUGUCGCUUCCGGUGUCACCGGAAACGACAUGACAACUAAGUUUGAGUUGAUGCAACACUGGGACAACAACUUCGAGGGCAAGUACUGCUUCAAGCUGACGACCGCCACAGUGGGCUGGGAGAUAGACAUGACCUUCAGCGCACCAGUACAGGGCAUCCAGCAAUGGGACGGCGACUUCGUUCACGGGACCAGUUCAGGCUGUUCCAGUAAAUACUCCAUGGUCAACAAGGGGUCAAAGGGCAUCCACUCUGCCGGGGAGUCUUUAUGCGUGCGCAUGAUGGGCAAGGUUUGUAGCGGCGGUGCUCCUACCGGAACUGCAAUCCUGAAGGAUCUCUCAGAUGACCACCAGACCCUUCCCAGAAUCCCUCACGUUUCAGGUGCUGAGACCACCAAGUAUAACUACGCUGAAGUGUUGAUGAAGUCCAUCCUGUUCUACGAAGCGCAACGAUCUGGUAAACUUCCGGCCAAUAACCGCAUCCCAUGGAGGGCCGACUCCGCCCUUGGUGACAAGGGUCAGAGCGGACAGGAUCUCACUGGGGGAUGGUAUGACGCUGGAGACAACGUUAAGUUCAACUUCCCGAUGGCGUGGAGUACGACGGUGUUGACAUGGAGCUUGAUCAUGUGGAAGGACGCCUACGUUAAGUCUGGUCAACUCGACGUAAUGUACCAAAGCAUCAAGUGGCCACUGGACUACUUCAUCAAGUGUCACACCAAACCCAGCGAGCUGUACGUUCAGGUGGGCGAUGGCGGUGUUGACCAUGGCUCUUGGACUAGCCCAGAGCGUAUGACCGGAAAGAGACCCUCCUUCAAAAUCGACGCUUCUAAUCCGGGAUCUGAUAUUGCCAUGGAAACUGCUGCUGCAAUGGCUGCUGGUUCCAUUGUCUUCAAACAAAAAGGAGACACUGCAUAUGCAAACACACUCUUGACCCAUGCCAAACAGCUGUUUGAGUUUGGAAAGGCACACCCUGGUAGAUACAGCGACAGUGUCAACGCCGCAGCUGCAUAUUACAAGUCCCAGGAUGACGAGGACGAGUUCAGCUGGGGAGGAAUGUGGCUGUACAAGGCUACUGGAGACAAGAAGUACCUUGCCUUCGCCGAGCAACACUUCGUGAACAAAACAGCCUGGGGAUUCUCCUGGGAUGAGAAGAUCGGCGGUGCUAACCUUCUUAUGUACAUUGAGACAAAGAAGGACAUCUACAAGAAGACAAUUGUGGGCACUUUCAAGGACUGGUUCCCCGGGGGUAGCGUCCCCUAUUCCCCAAAAUGUCUGGCCUUCAGGUUGGAGUGGGGCGCUCUCCGAUACGCCGCUAACACCGCUCUUCUCGCUCUUGUCGCUGCUGACGCUGGUAUCGACCCUGUAAACAACCGGAAGUGGGCCAUGUCUCAGAUCAACUACGCCCUCGGUGACGCCGGGCGCAGCUUCGUUAUCGGCUUCGGCACCAACCCUCCUCGACGUCCCCACCACAGGGCCGCGUCGUGUCCCAUGCUGCCUGCCCCGUGUGGGUGGGACGAACAACAGAUGAAGGUUCCCGACCCCCACACGCUGUACGGCGCCAUGGUGGGCGGCCCCGGUCAGAGCGACGGCUACACCGACGACAGAACUGACUAUGUCAAGAACGAGGUGGCAUGCGACUACAACGCAGGAUUCCAAUCUUCCGUUGCAGGUUUGCUUCAUCUUGCCAUUGCCAAGCAACUUCCGUCUACAUACAAAGAUAUUUGCCCUUAGAAAUAAAUGUGUAUAGUUUA